AAGCUGCUUUCCUCGCGGCGCUGCUGAGCAAAAUCGGCGGUUUAAAGAGGGAAAAGGGGCCGGGAGGCUGUCCCUCCGGUUUUUUGCCUCAGCAAAAACAAAAAAAAAAAGCCCGACCGCUUGCGCUCGGCUUCUGGAUUGCAUAAACUCCAGGAAAAGGAGGAGGAGGAGGAGGAGGAGGAUCUGGUGGGCCGGACCGGCCCGCCUCCUUUGUCUGACAGUCCGGCCAUGGCGCGGAUUCUGAUCGUAGGAGCCGGGCCGACAGGUAGCCUGUGCGCUGCCCUUUUGCGCGCCGAGUUUCCCCAGCGCCUCCUGCGCGUCGUGGUUUGGGAUAAAGCGCAGGGCGCAGGGGGAAGAAUGUCGACGCGCCGUAGCGCUCGCGAUCCGAAAUGCACGGCCGAUCUGGGUGCCCAAUACAUCACGCGGACGCCCCACUAUGCGAAGGCGCAUCAGAGCUUUUAUGAAGAUUUGUUGUCUCAUGGAGUCCUGAAGCCAUUGACUGCCCCAGUAAAAGGAAUGGUGGUGAAGGAAGGAGUAGAUAACUUUGUAACACCCCAAGGAAGUUCAUCCAUUGUUAAACAUUACUUAAAUAAGGCAGCAGACGCAGAUGUCUUCUAUAAUCACCAUGUUACUCAGAUCUGCCUCAAAGAUGGAAAAUGGGAAGUAGGCACCAGUACAGGCUCUUCUGACUGCUUUGAUACAGUUAUUCUCACGAUGCCUGUCCCACAGAUUCUUCAACUUCAAGGGGAUAUAGCAACCACUACGCUAUCAUCGAAAACUGGAGCCAGAGAGAGAGACAACAGGGCAUGGCUGCAAUUUGAUGACUCAGUCUCUGGGCAGAAAGGACAUUGUCAAUCCCAUUCUUGGACUCUCGGUAUCCACGGAGAAGGAGUGUCUCAGGUGGUGGAAGCUGAGUUUGCCAAGCUGUGGUCCAGUAGAAGCUACUACUUGUCACAGUCCCUUUCUGAAGACAAGGAAUGUUGUGAUGCUCCAGAAAUGUUAUUUUGGAAUGACCUGUCACAUGGAAAACAAUGCCCUUUGCCAGAUGCAUAUUGAAGAAUUGGAGGAAGAGGGAACUCUAUUAUCUUAAAAUGAAGCAGACUUGAAGGGGGAGAAUCCUCGCUAACAUUGUAUAGAUAUUUUAUGAAACCCUGAAAAAAAUUAAACUCCUUUGAAUAGAAAUGCCAACUAUGGGAGUUACAUGGAAGGCAGAAUCAAUAAAAGUAGAACUAUCCA